UGACGGCAACUCCACAACUGCAGCUAACUUCGGGCAACGGGUUUGUUUUGAUUUUUUUUGGUACGACAAAAAAAUUGACGAAAAAACAAUUAGCACCUUAGAAAAGAAAAGCGCCACAAGUAAAUUAAGUGGAAUGUUCAAUUGAAAGUUAUUAAAUCAAAGAAAAAAUCUCAGAUAAUGUGUGUUAAUUUAGAGCAAUGUGUGGAAGUUAAGAUGGGGCUGUAAUGUAUCAAAAUGCCGCCUUUGUAACCCGUAUAUUUAUUUGUUGUAUAUGUGACUUGUCGGUGGUCUCGUAUGUUGUCUUGUGUCGUCACAUAACUUGCUAAUUAAAUUAAUUAAACAUUAAUUACAACAAAAGGAACACCAAUGAAAGUUUUGUAACACAAAAUCGGUGGCAGAAGUAGUGAUUUAGAAAAACAGAAUCUUCACCCCAUAAGGAAGCAAAAACGUCUUCGCCUCUCAUCGGGAGCGGCAGUAAUUGUUUGUUAUUUUGUGUCUUUGCCUGUUCCCUUACCUUCGCCUUUGUAUGAAACUCAUCAACAAUGGAUGAACAAUUAAUCGAUGAAGUAGCUUUACAUGCGGUUAUAUACAAUCGUCAGAAAUAUUACCUCAAUGGCAGUGUUAAUGGCCAGAAUCCCAAUGGCAAUAAAUAUGAGACAAAAGAUGAAGCCUGGCAGGCGAUUGCAUUAAAGUUGAGAAGCGAUGUGGAAACCUGUAAAAAACGAUGGAAAUAUUUGCGCGAACGUUAUGUCAGCCAACGUAAACAGGGCGAUCCUCCCGUCUAUGAACAUCUCUCGCGGCCAUAUUUGGAAAAAAUGAAAUUUCUCGAUCAACACAUACAGCCACGCAAAUCAUAUCGAAAUGUACCCAAUUUCCUAACCUCACCCCACUCGGCGAACGGUUCAAGUUUCAAUGACUACAAUAUGGACUCCAAAUCGAAUAGUUCUCUCAAAAGUAUAGGCCAUUUUGGCCAACACCACCACUUUCAGGAUCAACAACAUGCCAUGAAUGCUUUAAGUACUGCCGCAGCAGCUGCCUCAGCUUUAGAGAGUGAUAGUCGUGUUAAAAUCGAAGCCGACCAAGUGUUUCGGGAUUUUGCUGCGGCUGUGGCCUCUCAACAUGGCCAGCUAACACCCAUGCUACAAAGUUACAAUGAACAUUUUCGUGAUGCUGCCACCAAUGCCCUGUCGGCAGUUGUGGCCAAUACAUCGACAUCGAAUGGCAACAAUGGUUUACACUCGUCAUCGUCUUCAAUGAAAUCACCUCUUUCGUCUCCAUUGGGUGCCACACAAAAUGGUUCUAACAGUGCUGGUCACUCGACUUCUACACCCAAUCAUCAUGUCGCCGCUGCCUCCUCCUCCUCAAAUAAUAACCUCAACAAUUCGGGGGCCUCCUCAACGGCAGCUGGCGGCAGUGACAUGGGCAAUGGCAAUCAUUUCAAUGGCCAAAAUUUCAACGAUUCCCAUCACGAAGAUAUGGACUCGUCGAGUAGUAGUAACUACACUAAGAAACCCAGGGUACAAUUAAAUAACACUUCCGCGGAAAAUACGCUCCAUCACAAUGGCAGCCUACAUCACAAUAGUUUAGCAACCAAUAGCAGCAACCAUCCUCAUCAUCAACUAAAUAAUUCCAAUAAUUCACAAUUUGGUGCCACUAACGGCGGUGCGGAUGAGUCCGAUGAAGAUUCCGACGAGAACAGUGCAUCCAUGAUGCAAACCCAAAGUAUACUUAACGAUACCAAUACAGAAAAUCCUUUUACAAAUCUCCCAGCAGCAUCACCGGCACCCUCAAAUGCUUCUUCGUCGAAUGCUCUGCAACGUUCCAAUUCAACACAUUUGGCCACAAAUACCCCAAAUGGUAAUCCACAAACAAUGUUUCCCACAAAUGCUGAUUUCCUAUUCCAGCUGUAUCAACAAUUGCCGCAACAUCAAAACAAUCUCCAGCAGCAGCAACAACACCAGCAGCAUCAGCAACAACAACAGCAAUUCAGUAAAUUCCAAGUGCCACAAACACCGCCACCCACACCGGUACAACGUAGCUCGGAACAGUUGUUGGGUGAGCUGGUGACCACCGAACUAUUGAAAAUGUCCAAGGAACGGCGUAAAUCUGUACAAAAAAGAAUUUUGGAAAUAUUAUUUUUUGAUGAUUAAAAGAAUGCGCGUAAAAGAGAAAGUGUGGUAAAAGAAUGAAACAAGUUGGAAUGGUGUUGUUCCAUGUGAACGAUUCGAAACCGGAAAGGUGUUAGAUUUGAACGGGUCGAAACUAUGACAAAGUUUAUUUUUUACUGUUGAACUCGAAGAGACUUCAAAAGUAAAAAAGUAGUCCCUUUCCUAUUAGAGAUGAUUGCAUUGAAUUAUGCUUUCUGAAGGUCAAAACACAGUGCCUGCUUUCAAAGAAAUUACUAGAGCACUCUGAUUAAUGGAUAGAAAAACUUCUGACCCUAAAUAUUUCCCUGACGAGGGGGAACUUAAAGAUAUCAUUCUGAGCCAUAUUUGGUUCACAACUCUGUUAUAAAGAGGAACAGUUUCCUCUUCAGAUGUAAUUCAGUGUAAUUUGUGCAUUUUCUCGGAUAGAGUCCUGGAACAGCGCAGACUUAUUCGCAGCAGGCUGUUAUUCACCAAAUGGAUGUAUUUUCUGCAAUGGUGAAUAGUCUGAAGAAGUUUGCCUACAGAAGUAACAUUACUUUUACACUGAGGUUAUCCGAGUGGAUAGUCUUGGAUAUUUUUCUUUUCUGUUCAAUUUGGCUUGAUGAUUGUCGUUUUCUUGUGGCUUUUUCCAGGCAUGGGACCUUUGGCGAAUGAAUCCAACCUGCUUGCUGACAACCGGCUUGCUUUGUUUGUCCGGCCGAUGAAUUUUUAGCCUCGGGAUGUGGUGCUGUCUUCGGUGCCCGCCGCGGAAUCCUAAUCGAAUGGAUAGCCCAUAGGUAGACUGGUCUUCUCAGUGUGGUCAUUGGGUGGGAGGGUGAUUCUUUUCGAAUUUCCGCACUACCUUUGGGUUUAUCUUGAUCAAGAUUCUUCCCCUCUCCGUAAAAUAAACUUUCUGCAGGAACGGUUGUUUGGGAGUCUAGUGGUUAAUUAGGGCGAUUAGUGGUUAAUUAGGGGCGUCAGUAGUUUUGCCUCAUCGAGACCAAGGAUCACGGGAACUCGAAUAUUUGGUACGAGACUUUGGGCCGUUUCAGGUCAUUGCAACCCCACUUAGAAGUCAUGUUCCUUAUGUUGCAGUGAUCAGUCUGAUUCUUACCACAAGUUUCUUAUCUGAUUUGGCCAUGGAAAAGAACGAUCUUGUUCUCUUCUCUCUCUGUAAAGAUGAGAUGAGAAUCGUUGUUGAGGACAACAAAGAAUAGGUUUUGCGAAGAGAAAUAAGAAACUAACGAGCAUUUCUUUUGUCGGCGUCUUUUAAAUCGGGAGCAAUAACUUCUUCUUUUCCAACUUUCCAUUAGGGAACCAUUGACCUUAAUUAACUUCUCAAAAGUCCUCGAAUUACUAUAAAUUAGUUCUGACCGAUCUUCUUCAUUUUGAUGUUAAUAUUCAUUUAUUCUAGGUAAAUUGUCAGGAUGACAAUGAACCCUUUGUGUCUGUUUGAAGUAACAAUCAAAUGGUUUUCAAACUAAAGGUUGCGCAUCCAAAUUCUGAACUAACCUAUAAGCGAUUCCCGCUCUCCAUCCGUCAUUCCAUCUCUCGGCUUAUUGAAUUUUAAGGAAUAUGGGGAAGAUUUUAAAUUUCAAAUCUACAUCUUCUGUCAUAAGAGUGGCCUGGUUAAAUAACCUGUGGUUAUCAGCAUCCGCCAAGGACGACAAUCCAACGGGCUUAUGCUUUCCCAGAAACCAUAGAAAAUAUAGUCCAGGCACUUUUUAAUGGUAACGCUCUCAUCUCAAAUAUCAAACAUUCGUUUGUGUUGUACUAGACCGGUAAAAUCAACAUUCUAUCGUACCACAGAUUUUCACAGCUGCCAUCCGUCAAGGACGACAAUCCAACGGGCUUAUGCUUUCCCAGAAACAAUAGAAAAUAUAGACCAGGCACUUUUUAAUGGUAACGCUGUCAUCUCAAAUAUCAAACAUUCGUUUGUGUUGUACUUGACCGUUAAAAUCAACAUUCUAUAGUACCACAGAUUUUCACAGCUGCCUAAAGUUGUUUUAGACAUUAUUUUGUGAAAUCAAAGUUUUACAUUAACUACAAAAAAGGAAAGUAUCUCUGUCCUCUAACGCCAUCCAUUCCAACUUGUUUCACCAGCAGAUAAUAUUUAAAGACUCAUAAAACUUUUGAUUUACUUAUACAUUUACCUAGGUCCUAACAUAUCCAUAAUUUACUCAAAAUCCUCGCCCAAGAUUUAUCUUCUAAAACAAACAAACUAUUAAUAAUAAGAUUAUUUUAGUGAAUAAGUUUAAACAAUCGUAAAUAAACUCCCAACAACUAUUUAUUUGUUUCUCUUUGAACAACUUGUUUCUAAAAAAAAAACAAAAAUACCAUCAUUCCACAUGAAAUAAAAAACAUAAAUAUAAAAAUUCAUAAACAUUUUAUGACUGCAUUUAGCAGAUAAUAUAAAAUUCUAAAAUUAAUAUUUAAAAAAUCCCACCUAUUUUUAAGUAUAUUAUGUAUUUUAUCAUUUUACAAUACAAAACCAGAUAAUCUAUUGAUUUGUUUGUAUUGUUUCUACCACCACCACCAACAACACCAUUACUACUACUACUUCCUAACUUCUAGUCAAUAUAUAUACAUGUCGUAUUUUUUUUUAAAUUCCUAUUUUUAUUUUUCUUUCUAAAAAAUAAUGUUUUGUUUUUAAUUUUAUGUAUAAAUACACAUAAACAUAUUUAUAUAUAUUUACAUUGUGUGUCAACAAGAAUUUUCCUUAAAUGUGUAUUUACAUUACCGUAAGCUAAGCUUUAACGUUUUACGUUAUAUAUACAACAAUUAAUGAUAAAAUAAAAACAAUAGUAAUAAUAAUUACAGUAAAUAAAACAAGGAUCUGUAUAAAA